AUGGCCUCCAUCGGACUCCUGCGGAUUGGGUGCCUGCUUGUUUUAUGUGGAUACGGUGCACCAUAUUCGAUCAAUAACAGGCAAAACAUUAACGAUGUUGAUAUUGACGCCGGUGGACUGAGAGAAGAUAUCCCUAAAAUAAACCUUGAGUCUGGAGAGAAUUUGUUUGAAGGAGAUAUCAAGCUGGCGGGAAGCCCACGCAAUGCCCUCCGUAAUGAAUCCUACAGAUGGACCUUCCCGAUUCCCUACAUACUGGCCGACAAUCUAGAUCUAAAUGCGAAAGGAGUCAUCCUCAAAUCUUUUGAAAUGUUCCGUCUUAAAUCUUGUAUCGAUUUCAAGCCUUACGAAGGAGAACCCGCGUUUAUCCAUUUUCAGAAGUUUGGAGGAUGCUGGUCCAUGGUCGGUAAACUGCCCGCCGGACAGGAUCUUUCGAUUGGCGAAAGAUGCGACCAUAAGGCUGUCGUGGAGCACGAGAUCCUUCACGCUUUGGGCUUUUACCAUGAGCAGUCGCGGACAGACAGAGAUGAUUAUGUUGAGAUUUGGUGGAAUGAAAUCACAGAAGGCUUAGAGCACAAUUUCAAUAAGUACGACGACGGCUUUAUCACCGACUUGAACACCCCCUACGAUUACGAGUCCGUCAUGCACUACGGCCCUUUCUCUUUCAACAAGAACGCGAGUGUUCCCACCAUUACCGCCAAGAUACCCGCGUUCAACAACGUCAUCGGCCAGCGCCUCGACUUAUCCGAGCUGGACUUGGAGCGCCUGAACCGCAUGUACAACUGCACGGCUUCUCACACCCUUUUGGACCAGUGCUCGUUUGAGUACAUUAACAUCUGCGGCAUGGUGCAGGGAGCCAACGAUAACGCCGACUGGGUCCAUCAGCUCAGCGUCUCGGGAUCGUCCGAGGAUCACACGCUUGUGGGCCGCUGCAGAGAAUCUGGGUAUUUCAUGCACUUCGACACCGUUUCUGGACCAGUCGGCCGCACAGCCCUCCUUGAAUCUAGGAUUCUUUACCCCAAGAGGACAGAGCAGUGUCUUCAGUUCUUCUACAAGAUGAAUGGAAACCCCCAGGAUAAACUUGUUAUCUGGCUCCGUAUAGACGACGGCACCGGAAACGUCAGGAGGAUGAAGAAAAUUCAUACAAUUCUGGGUGAUAAUGAUCACAACUGGAAAAUCGCACACGUGACCCUCAACGCAGAUAAGAAAUUCCGCUACGUGUUCCAAGGAGUCCAGGGUGACGACAAAGCAACCAGCGGUGGGAUUCUGAUCGACGAUAUCACGCUCAUGGAAACGGCGUGCCCCAAUACAGCAUGGGUGGUCCGCAAUUUCAGCCAGGUCCUGGCCAGCACGGUGAAAGGGGAUCGCGUUGCCAGCCCUUGCUUUACCAGUCCAGAGGGCUACCGCUAUGGCGUGGGCUUGUACCCUCAUGGCCAAAGCCAGUCCACUUAUGUGGGCUACACGGGGAUUUCCUUCCACCUGUGCAGCGGAGAAGAUGACGCGGUCUUAGAGUGGCCUGCUCUCAACAGACAGGCUAUGAUCACAGUGCUCGACCAGGACCCGGAUAUCACGUUAAGGAUGUCCUCCAGCCGAAGCUUCACCACGGCGGCAUCUCAUGUUAUUGAAUCCAUGAAUAAUAUCUCACGCUGGGAACGACCCUCUCUAACGGGACCUUAUGACCCCUCUUGCAACUGUAACCGGUCAGCCGAUUAUGGAUGGAGUACGUUUAUAACCCACGACCAUUUGAAGCGGAGGAGCUUUUUGAAAAAUGAUGACCUGAUCAUCUUUGUGGAAUUUUCAGAUCUCACGCACCUGAUAAAAACUGGAGUUCCUAUCAGACAGCGACCUGAGCCCGCAGCCGAAGAGGCGGCCAUAGAGGCUGUUCCAGAAAGGAAGAAACGAGCCCUACAGAAUAAUGGCAACCAGGGCGAUUACUCCGUCCAGCUGAUGCCCCUGGAUAGCAACGCAUGUGAUCCAAACCCGUGUCUGAACGGUGGCGUCUGUGUCAUGGAGAGGGGGAUUGCCAGCUGCAGGUGCUCUUCUAGUCAGGCGUUUUUUUACAGGGGAGAGCGAUGCGAGACGGCGCAGUUCCACGCUAACGUUCUCGGAAUGGUGAUCGGAGGAGCGGCGGGGACCAUCGCGCUCACUAUAACCGUCCUCGCGGUAAUGAGCAGAAGAUGAAAAUCUGUUAAUCGUUAAAUGAAAA